UCUCACAUUCCAGGCUAGAGCUGAUGUGUGUCUACGCGACAUGGGGAGGGGGGAGGGUUCUGUUCGGACGUUUCUUUCGCCAUCUGCACGUCACUCCCAAACUUUUCCUCCCUGCGCUAGGGGAGUCAGGUUGACGCGCCCUGGAUGCGGGGCUCGAGGCGCGGGGCUGGGAACGUUCCCGGGAGUCCGAGCUGCGGAGGCUUCGGGCUGCCACGGGCUUUUCAGGAUGAACUUUUCCUGCCCUCAGGGCUGCGCAGGGUGACUGAGAAGAGCUGGCUGGAAUGACUCAGUAUUCUUCCUGUCCACAAGCUGAGCACAAGGGUAGAGGUCACCCUGUGUAGAGGAAAUGGAAGGAGAGAGCACUCUACACUGUUCUACCUGGGAUGACUGUUACCUGCCCUACCCCUGCCUGGGAAGGUUCAGCAGAUAAGGGUAAUCUGACAUUUUUAAGACUUUGUUCCCGAUGAAGAGGAAACAUCCCAAAGGAACACAGAAUGUGAAAGUAGAAAUCUUACAGGUGUCUCCAUGGGUAGCGUGCUGGGCCAUUUGUCUGUGAGAAGACCAUGAUAUCUUCGAAUCUCUGGUGUGUCUCCAUGUUCUCCAGUGACGCUGUUCUUUCUUUUUUUGGUGCAAUGGGAAAAACCUGAAGGACAGGCAGAAUCACUCCUGUACUUGUGACAACCUCCAUGUUUCAGUGGCUCUUGUGGAACAUGACAAUUAGAGAUCACUUCCUUUUGUUGUCUUGUAGAGCUGAGCUAAAUAAUGUGCUUUUUCAUUCUCUAGUGAGCUGGUGGCUGCUUAUUUUUAUAUUUGUUUCUGUUGCUUGUGCCUUCUGACCAUCGUAUGUAAUCACGUGUCCAGACUCCUUGGAGGACUUGCCCAUGGCUCGCUAAGCCAGCAGUCCAAGGGCACUAUCAUGAGUCACUGCAUUAAUUGCUGCAUACAGUUGUUACCUGACAACACACACAAACAGAAGGUCAGCUGCCGAGGAGGCCUCCAGCACAGUCACCAGGCGUGCCCCACGUGCAAAGGAGAAAACAAAAUUCUGUUUCGUGUAGACAGUAAGCAGAUGAACUUGCUUGCUGUUCUUGAAGUGAGGACUGAAGGGAGUGAGAAUUGGGGUGGGUUUUUGCGUUUUAAAAAGGGCAAGAGAUGUAGCCUCAUUUUUGGACUGGUAAUAAUGACCUUGGUGAUGGCUUCUUACAUCCUUUCUGGGGCCCACCAGGAACUUCUCAUCUCAUCUCCUUUCCAUUAUGGAGGCUUCCCCAACAACCCUAGCUUGAUGGAUGGUGAAAAUCCCAGUGAUAUGAAAGAGCAUCAUUACCACCCCUCUGUAAACAAUAUUUCAUACACGAAGGACUAUCCAAGCAUUAAGCUAAUUAUCAACAGCAUCACUGGCAGGAUUGAGUUCACAACCAGGCAGCUCCCAGACUUACAAGAUCUCAAGAGGCAGGAGUUGCAUAUGUUUUCAGUCAUCCCAAAUAAGUUCCUUCCCAACAGUAAGAGCCCCUGUUGGUACGAGGAAUUCUCUGGGAGAAACACCACUGACCCCUACCUCACCAACUCCUACGUGCUCUAUUCCAAGCGCUUCCGCUCUACCUUUGACGCCCUGCGCAAGGCCUUCUGGGGCCACCUGUCACACGCUCAUGGAAAGCACUUCCGCCUGCGCUGCCUGCCACACUUCUACAUCAUUGGGCAGCCCAAGUGUGGGACCACUGACCUCUAUGAUCGUCUCCGGCUCCACCCGGAAGUGAAGUUCUCUGCCAUCAAGGAACCGCACUGGUGGACCCGGAAGCGGUUUGGAAUCGUCCGCCUGAGAGAUGGGCUUCGAGACCGCUAUCCUGUGGAAGAUUACCUGGACCUCUUUGACUUGGCUGCACACCAAAUCCAUCAAGGACUGCAGGCCAGCUCCGCAAAGGAGCAGAGCAAGAUGAACCAAAUCAUUAUUGGGGAGGCCAGUGCUUCCACCAUGUGGGAUAACAAUGCAUGGACUUUCUUCUAUGACAACAGCACAGACGGCGAGCCGCCCUUCCUGACCCAGGAUUUCAUCCACGCCUUUCAGCCAGAUGCCAAGCUGAUCGUCAUGCUCAGGGAUCCUGUGGAGAGGUUGUAUUCAGACUAUCUCUACUUUGCAAGUUCGAAUAAAUCUGCAGAUGACUUCCAUGAAAAAGUGACAGAAGCUCUGCAGCUGUUUGAAAAUUGCAUGCUCGAUUAUUCACUGCGUGCCUGCGUCUACAACAACACCCUCAACAACGCCAUGCCUGUGAGGCUCCAGGUUGGGCUGUAUGCUGUGUAUCUUCUGGACUGGCUCACUGUUUUUAAUAAGGAACAGUUCCUCAUUCUGCGCCUGGAAGACCAUGCCUCUAAUGUCAAGUACACCAUGCACAGGGUCUUCCAGUUCCUGAACCUGGGGCCCCUGAGUGAGAAGCAAGAGGCCUUGAUGACCAAGAGCCCUGCAUCCAAUGUGAGGCGUCCCGAGGACCGGAACCUGGGGCCCAUGUGGCCGGUCACACAGAAGAUUCUGCGGGACUUCUACGGGCCUUUCAAUGCCAGGCUGGCACGAGUUCUUGCUGAUGAAGCAUUUGCGUGGAAGGCACCUUGAGAGCUGAGCGCCUCAGGCACUGGGCCCACCGCUCUGUCAUCGCCCUGACUCUUAACAGUCUCUGUGGGUGGAAAAAACCCCGGAGACUCCAGCCUUCUUUUCCUCCCCAGGCAUCUAUUAAUCAGCACCAUUCAGAGACCCCUCCUAGAGUUCUUCCACCUGAGGCCUUUGGAAGCUUCGCUCUGGCAGGAAUUCCGCUCUGCUCCCAGAGUGCUUGGAGCAGCGGAGAGGAGGCCUUGGGAGGUCACAGCCCAGCGCUGCCCGCCCGCGUCCUGGAGUCCCAGUCUGGGGCUUGACAAUUCCGGGAUCCCAUGAAACAGGCUAGAGGUCAUAGCCCAGGGCUUGCCAGAACUUAAACUUCACACGCAGUUUCCAGUUCAAAACACUUUGUCAGAUCACAUCCUCCUCUGUGCAGAGAACCCAGCCUCUGUGGAGAACCGAGGCGCUUUCACUGUCAUUUUUUACUCCCAAGUGAGCCCUGCGGUAACAUUAGAAAUAAACCCUGUUUGGCCACUUCACUGCUUCCGAGAGGAAAACAGCAGUUCAUUUUUGACAGCACAUUGCUCUCCCUGACCCCCUCCCGCCCUAACCUCACAGAUUUUUUAAUGUUUAAGGUAGAAAAUGGAUACAUUUAAAACAAACUGCUUCCUGCAUUUGACUGGCCAUAGCUCUCUUGUCUGCUUCUUUAGAUGUUUUCCCAAGAAAUUCAGUUAAUAUUUGGAGGAGAAAUUUUUGCUGUCAGUGCUGGAAUAGAGCAACCUCAAGGAAUUGAACAGUACAUAGACGAUCUUGGUGACUGAAGCCCUCAUCAUGCGUACAGGGCCACUCAAGAACGGAGAGGGUUUACUUUUUCAUUCUGACUGGCCACAAGUUCCAUCCCUUCACCUUCCCAGCUGGAGGUAGUUUAUUAUCCAUGGUCAGAAUUCCUUAUUCAAGGAGAUGUUUGUGUCCUGACUCAGAAACACAAUGCACAAGCCAAACUUGGGCUGAAUGUGUAGUCCUAGGUUAUAGAAUGUGAUUGCUAAGAGCUGUGUUCCCGAUGGAACUUUCCAAACCUCUUGGCAGUGUAGUUUACAGUGGAAGUGUUGAAGGUCUUGUCGUUUCUUGGAAGUUGUGGGGAAAACGAGAGAAUGCUCGUGUCCAUUUGGCGGACAGCCCCAGGGCAGGAGGACAAUGAAAGAUCGCACUGAGUGUUGUUGAGGGGAGCAUCCUGUAAACUAUGUUCCCAGAUCUGUUCUGCCAAAGUCAGAAAGUGCAGACACUAGACACCCAGCUGUAACUUGCACACAUGAGUGAGGCUGGGCUUCGGUGGUGUGAGGACCCAGAGUGCUCAGCGGUCUGAUCCUUGUGCCGUCAGAGGCAGGAGCUCAGCCCACUGGAAGGUGCACAGGGAGCCCUCAGCACUGGUGCGGCUGGGCCUGGUUCUACUGAAGGAGCUGUGUGUCUUGAAAACCCAUGUGCAAGGACAAUCCCUGCCUUUCACUCGCAGCCAGCACUCAGAGCAGCAGACAGCAGGAAGAUCUGGCCUGAACACAAGGAUGCUUUAGGGAGAUAUCACUUCAGUGUGCGUGUGUGUGUGUGUGUGUGUGUGUGUGUGUGUGUAUUUAUUUGGAACACAGUGCAUGCAUGUGUGGGUGCAUUUUCUGAAUGGGUUCCCCUCAGUUCUGUUGCUGAUGAGGCUCCUCUGCUCUGGACAGGAUGCUUUUAUAGAUUAAUUUCUCUGCCAAUUAACUUGUCAUUUCCAGUACGUAUUUUACUAUUCCGCACCGACCAUGACUACAAGGAUUUUCCUUACACACUCCUAUGCAUGUGAAUAACAUGUAGUGUAAUCUGCUUCUUACAGAAGUACUACUGAGGGUAUUAUUUCCAAUAUUAUUUGGUUCAUUACCGAUCUCUUUUAUAUACGCUGGCCCAUCCCUCUGUGCCACCCAGUGCCAUCAGACGUGGUUUUCUCUCUAGGGGCCUCUCCAGAAGCCACAUCCGUUGCCUUUGUUUUCUCUCUGUUGAGGCUCAGCUCUCGAUGACAGCACAGGUACCAUUUCAGGAGGUGGCUCUCUAGCCUGUCACCCCAAACCAAAGUGAGAUGGAGCGUUUCCCACAAUCUGGUAUUGAAGUUACUUUGUGUUCCCAAAAGUUGUGUACGGAUUGUAUGAAACUGUACUUCCUUAGUCCUGUAAGGUAUGUUAUGUGAAUCACUGUUAUGCUGUAUUUUUAUUAAUAUUUAACAUAAUUAAAGAUGGACCCAAGUGACUGGGGCCUGCAGAG